AUGAGGGGUUGGAACCAAUUAGGGGUGGUUGAGACCAUCUAUGAGGAAGAAUGCGAGUUUUCCUCUACCUCAUCCCCUUCCCCUUCACCAUCAUUUUCUUCUUCCCCUUCAUCCCUCCACUCCAGAGUUGAGGCUUGGUCUCUGAAAACCGGGCGUGAAACAGACAUCUUGAUACGUGUUCAAGGAACAUGUUUUCGUCUGCACAAGGAUCGUGUGGUGUCACAAAGCUCAUACCUAAAACGGCAUCUGACGGAAACAUCCAACCUCACUCUCUCUCCGCCGUUAAACAUAACGGCCGGGACCUUCGCGGCCGUAGCUGAAUUCUGUUACAACAGCAAAGUCCAAAUGACGCCGACAAACGUCGCUUCCAUCAGAACGGCGGCGGAGCUGCUGGGAAUGACGGCGGCCGGAAACCAAGAAGGAGGAGAGGGCCUGAGCCACGUGGCGGAAACGUACUUCCGCGGAGUUAUUGGCAUUAACCAAGAGUACGCGACCAUGGUUCUCCGUUCGUGCCUGCCUCUGCUUCCAGACGCAGAAACGACGGCGUCUCUUGUUAGCAGAUGCAUUGAAGUGUUGGUUUGCGGUCACAGUAACCUUUGUGCUACUCGUAUAGACGACGUCGUGGUGGAAAUGCAACCCCAAGAUUUUGAAGCCGUAACUGAAUCCAUAAACAGACGGUUCGGGAACCACGACGUACUCUAUGAAAUGGUUGAUUUGUAUCUUAAGGAAAACAAGUUUGGCAAACUAAGUGAGGAACAGAAAACUCGAAUAUGCAAUUCCAUAGACUGCACGAAGCUCUCGAGUGAGACCCUAGCAGAGUGUGUUCAAAACCCAAGGAUGCCAUUGAGAUUCGUAGUGCGAGCAGUGUUGAUAGAGCAUCUCAACACUCGCCACUCCAUUGCCUGUGCGAGUGGGCCUCAGCAUCAUCAUCAACAUCAACAUGAACUCCAAUUCGAGAGCAACAGAGAACGACAACGUCGUUCCUCGGAAUUAGAUAAUCCACUGACACUGAGGGACCUCCUCCGUCACGACGCUGCGCUGCGCGAAACGGCACAGCUUAAGAAAGCCAUGGAUUCCACGAAUGCUCGCAUUCAAAGCCUGGAAAAAGAGCUUAGGUGCAUGAACAGGGUCUUGCUAGAACGGAAAGCUGAGGAUGAGGAGGAGGAAGAGAGGAAUGUGUUGGGGUCAGAGCGCUCUGCGAGUUUCCAUUAUGUUGAGAAUGGUAGAAUAAAGAGGGAUGAAAGGUGGUCUGCUUCGUCUUCAAGCAUUCAGUUUGAUAACAGAAUAUUGGAGAACCGUCAAGUGGAGAACCAUCCAAAGAUGACAAAGACUUUUCGACAUAGGUUGAUGACUGGACUGAAGAAUGCAUUUCGGGUGCCAAAUUCACGAAGCUCCAUCCACAGAGAAAAGAUUGCAGAAAAAAUGUAA